AUGUCUAAUCCUAAUCAUGAAGCAUUACAGGACAUAAUUGUAAAGGACACAGAGACACAUGGCUCCAUGUUUGUCCCUAUUAUCCUCAGAAGCAAUAAAAUGACCAUCUCUGUUGCAAUAGGUCAGACCAAGUUCUACCCAUUGUAUAGAUCAAGAGGCAAUGUGCACAACAACAUUCAUCAUGUGCAUUGCAAUGCAAUCUUGCUCAUUGGUUUUCUUUCAAUUCCCAAGAAAGCCAUCUUCAAACUCCUUAGGUCUGGUAUGAUAAAGCCAGAGGUUACACAUUGUCCUAAUGGCCACUUCUGGCAUGUCAUUUAUGGACUUGAUCCAUACAUUGCUGAUUAUCCUAAGCAAGUUCUACUUGCCUGCACUGUGCAGAACUAG